AUCCAUUUUCCCAUGGUAAUGGACCCUGUCCCUAACCAAAAGUCCUAAACUUCAAAACCCCGUCUUUUUACAAAGUGACAAUCACAUAUACAGAUAUACUGUAUACACUAUACUUCUAUCAAACAAGAACAAAUUUUAUAAAUCUAACAAAUGAGCUCCAAUUAAACAACUCCCUCUUUAAAUCAAGAUAUCUAUCUAACCGUUGAAAAAAAAAACACAAAAAUGGAGAUGAUGAACAACAAAUGGAUAUCAACAGUAGCAAGUAUAUGGAUUCAAUCCACUAGUGGCACACCUUCCACUUUUGGAAUUUACUCUCCUGCCCUCAAAUCUUCUCAGAAUUAUUCCCAAACUACCCUUGACACUGUUGCUCUUUUCAAAGACUUAGGUGCUAACGUCGGCAUCUUAGCCGGUAUACUUUAUGCUUCCACCGCCUAUCGCCGGUCAUUCUUUGGUGGGCCUAAAGUUGUAAUCUUUGCUGGGGCCCUCCAAUGUUUUUCUGGGUAUUUCUUGAUUUGGUUAACGGUCACCGGAGCUAUUUACCGGCCACCGGUUCCACUGGUUUGUUUGUUCUUGUUCUUAGCUGGUCAUGCUAUGCCGUUUUUUAAUACUGCUGAUGUGGUCACUGCUGUUCAUAAUUUUAGGGAUUAUAGUGGAACUGCUGUUGGGAUUAUGAAGGGUUUUCUAGGUCUGAGCGCAGCAAUGCUAAUUCAGCUCUAUCAAACGACAUUCAAGGGAAAUCCCGCUUCAUUUCUGCUACUGGUCUCCUUCUUGUCUACAUUAAACCCUUUACUCCUUAUGUGGUUUGUGAAAGUCUAUGACACAAAUUCAGGAGAUGAAAAACGGCAUCUCAACAACUUCUCUUGGGUGAUUUUGGUAGUUUCUGCAUAUCUAGUGGUUGUAAUCGUGUUGGAGAAUGUAAUUACCGUGCAAUUGUUUGCACAUAUUCUCGUACUCAUUGUACUGCUACUCUUACUCGCCUCACCUCUGUGGAUUGCUCUCAGAGCUCAGCAGAACAAACCCUCUGAGGGAGUCCCAGACCAAACUGAUCCUGAAAAGAUACACGGGAGAGAAGAUUACCAGAGGAUUUCAGAUCAUCUCGAGGAGGAGACAGAAUCUAGUAGAAGGGUACCAGAGUUAGAAGGCCACUUCAACUUGUUCCAAGCCAUGAGGACUAUGAAUUUCUGGCUUCUGUUUUCAGCCACAGCAUGUGCACUUGGCUCUGGUCUAGCAACAUUAAACAAUAUUACCCAAAUUGGAGAGGCUCUCGGUUACACGCCUUUGGAGACCACUACUCUUGUCUCAUUGUGGAGUAUUUGGAAUUCUCUUGGGCGUUUUGGGGGUGGAUAUGUAUCAGACUACAUCCUUCAUAUAAAGGGAUGGGCAAGGCCUCUUUUCAUGGCUACUACUUUGGCAAUCAUGAGCAUUGGGCAUUUGGUGAUUGCUUCAGGUAUGCCCGGGUGCCUUUAUGCAGGUUCGAUUUUGGUGGGCAUUUGUUACGGUUCACAGCUCUCUUUAAUGCCAACAAUUGCCUCCGAGAUAUUCGGUGUUGUAAAUAUGGGUACCAUCUUCAAUACUAUUACUAUAGCAGGCCCUCUUGGAUCAUACAUUCUCUCAGUUAGGGUGGUUGGUUAUAUAUAUGAUAAGGAAACAUCUGAUGAAACCAACACUUGUGUUGGUGUACAUUGUUUUAUGCUGUCUUUUUUCAUCAUGGCAGCUGUUACUUUGGUGGGAUCUCUUUUUGCUCUGGGAUUGUCUUUGAGGACUAGAAGCUAUUAUGAGCGCGUUAUAUGUAGGAGAUUUUUACAGCCAAUAAGGCAGUAAGGAUUAAGGAAGCUCAGGACAUAUGAUGGCCAUCGUGAAAGUGUGGAGAAGUUUAGUUUGUAUUGUUUCUCUCUUUACCACUCUGCAUUCUGCACUCUAUAAAAGUAUGAGCCUCAUUCUUCGGUGGCUCGGUCUCUCUUGACAGAGAAUAAUUUUGUACCUGAUACACUCUUCUAUUCCAUCUGAACACUACAGGGAUUCAGGUUCUGUACCCUUGUAAAUAUGAAGUGGGUACAUAUUUGUCAUAUUAUUUUUUCCAACUGCUUGUUCGAUAGUCGAUACACAAUAACACAAACAUCCAUACUUUGUGCUUGUAUAUAUUGGGGAAAACCAUUGUCUACUUUGUAAUAUGCUGAAGCAACUCACUCUUAUUAUUGAAGGACUUCAUAACUUGAUUAGGCUAAAGCUUUUUAAGCUUCAAAAUGAAGGUAUCUUUUAAUGUCUAUAUUAUUGUAUUUAAGGGUA